AUGGGUUCUCCUGUGUCAUUCGCACCACAGUCUGAUCUUCCCCUCGGUGUUGGGCACUGGCAGUCAGCUCCGACGGCGCUUGAGCGUUUCGUGAGGGCUGGCGAUCUCUCACCUCAGAUGGGUUACGAGGUAGCUAGGAUGAUGGAGAUUGAAGGGUUGCGGCAGCAGGCGGAUACAGGGUAUUUUACUCCUAGGUUGUCCCUGGACCCCGGGGGUGUGAUUACGGACUUUGACAACUACAGGUUUCAGCGAGUUGAGUCCAGGGCAGUUUCGUUGCUUCUUGCUGCCAUACCACAGGGUAUCAAAGAGGAUCUCAUCACCAACAGGAGGCGAUUGCUAGCCUUAGAAAGUGGACUCAAAAUCUUCAAAGAGCGCGUGAAGUUGAUGCGUCACUCCCCGACGCUUAUCCUUGCUGAAUGCGAGUCAGCGUCUUUGGUGGUUGAUGGGGCCCCGGAUAAGAAGGCUAAGGCUCAAGGUUCUGGUGGUGGUCAGGCUAUGGCAGCGAUGGUUAAGGCUAAAGGAAAAGGAAAGGGUGGAAAAGGGAACGGUGAUAAUCCUCCUCCCUGUCACAACUUCUCAAACGCCGUUGGCUGCCGGUUCGGGGAUACUUGUAGAUUUCAUCACGAUAGGGCGAAGGCUCGUAAGGAUAGGCGGUGUCUUUGCUGUGGCCAAUCCGGCCAUUACAGGCCUGAGUGCACUGUGGCGCCGGCCGAGUUUCGCCAAGGGCAAGGCGAGUCGAGCCCAGAGUCUGCGUCUCCGAAGUCCCCAGAGCCAAAGAAACCUGCUGCUAAGCCAAAACCUAAGGCUGGUCCUCAGGCUAAGGGUGUCUCGGAAGAUGCUAGUUCGGUUGGGGCUCAGGCUAGUCAGGGGAAUGGCUCUGGGAACCAAGCUGCGUCUAGCCAGCAAGAGUUGUUGGCAGAAGCCCAGAAGCUUCUGAAGGGGAUGUCGUUGAAGACGUUGAGCGUUCGGGAUCCUCUUGAGGCUUUUGGGAUAGAUAAGACUUGGCUCUUGAGUGCGGUUGUUAGUGCCUCAAACCCGGCGUCAGCUUCUGAUAUGUCGUAUGCCUUGGUUGAUAGUGGGGCCACCAAUGGAUUGAGGGAGGCUCGUCCAGGUGAGUGGGACAGUACUCAGGCGAUUCAGGUUGACUUGGCUUCAGGGGUUGCUGAACUUCAUGUGAAUGGUCAAGGGACUUUGUUGAGUCCUUCCAGUUGUCAGGUUAUCAUUCCUGCAGGAUGGUUGAUUGAGCUAGGGUUGAAACCAUCAGAGAAGCUCAGGCUUUGA